UCCAUCAGGUUUCAUUUCCUCCGCUCGUGACAAACCGUACAGUUCGGUUUCCGGUGGACGGAGACGACAUGGCGCUGUUUAUGAGAACGUGCACUCUCGUGGUGCAGCUCGUGACGCUCCCGCUAGUGAUCGCGGAGGCGCUCGGGCUCUACCGACUGUACAAGCGCUUUUUCCCGUUCCUCAUGUACAAGAUCUCGGCUAGUUACGGCGUGAAACUGAAGGAGCGGAAGCGCGAGCUGUUCCGCGACAUGGCUCGGUUCGGUCGGGCGCGCGGGCCUCUGCGCGUGCUGGAGAUCGGCUGCGGGACCGGAGUCAACUUCGAGCACUUUCCUGCCGGCUGUAAGGUGACGUGCACAGACCCGAACCCGCACUUCGAGCUUUACCUGCAGAACAGUAUGAAGCUCAGCCAACACCUGGAGUUUGAAAGGUUCAUGGUGGCGCCUGCUGAGGACCUGCGGCAGGUGGAGGACGGUUCUAUGGACGUGGUGGUGUGUACACUGGUUCUGUGUAGUGUACAGAGCCCAGACAAGGUCCUGCAGGAAGCCAAGAGGAUACUCAGGGAGGGUGGAGCCUUUUUCUUCAUGGAGCAUGUGGUGGCCGAAGAACCCAGCUGGACCUACUUUUUUCAGCAUGUUCUUCAGCCUUUCUGGUACGUUGCACGACAAUCGAAGAGAGCUAAGAUCAUCUGAGAAAAAUUGUCAGAAAUCACAACUUCACAAGACAACAGAUCUUGACUCUUACUGUACACUCCUGGCCAAGUUCUCUUCAGACGUGACUUCUGCCAAGACUUACUUCUACAAGGAAAAGCUUGAUGCUUCGGCACAAGACCAUUGUACACUCCACAACAUCUUUUCCUCUCUACUCAACCCCCCGGCUUCACCUUCUUCAUCCUCCUUGGCUGUGGAAGACUUUACUUCUUUCUACCAUGAGAAGAUUGAGGAAAUCUGCAGGACUAUCACUUCUGCCCAGACUGCACCUACAUCUCAGUCUGGAUUCCCGUAUGCCUUUGUUGUCGCAUUUCUCAACCGUAGCAGCAGAAGAGAUUUUACGACUCAUCCGGCCUUACAAUCCUACCACCUGCCCAUAAUGAAUCCCUUCCACUAUGCUUCAGCCCAUCUUGGACCUUCAAGACCUUCUGCUCCUCAUCACCAUGAUCAUCAAUGGAUCCCUAACAUCUGGUCAGGUACCAACUACUUUCAAGAGAGCAAGGGUUAUUCCCAUCCUAAAGAAACCUGCUCUGGAUACAUCAGACAUCAGUAACUACAGACCGGUAUCACUUCUCUCAU